AUGGAGUCUGUCCCGGAUUUUACCAGUAUCAUCCACUCACCAUCAUUCACCUUUCUUGUUGGCCCACGACAUACGAAGCUGACAAUCCAGUCGGGGCUCGCCCAGCAUGUCUCCAAACCACUCCAUAACCUCAUGAACGGCCCGACGAGGGAAUCAAAACACCGAAUCGCCGUUCUGGAAGAAGACGAUGUUGAAACCUUUGUCGCUUUUUGCGAGUAUGCAUAUACCGGCGAUUAUAGGGUGCCUCGUCCGGAGAUUCAGGAAGAUCACAGGGUUGGGAUAGUCGAGAGCUCGCCAAGUACCGCCACAUGGAGAGAGCAUUACCGGUCUGGUUCAAUUGCAUCGACUGUGCCACCCCCGGCCCCGUCGCCGCCUCCCCAGUAUCGCCAUCGGGGACAGGGAGCGUCUCACCAGUCUGUGCCGGAGCCCGAGCCGCCAGUGUCUCAGCCCGCGAUUGAGCCUGCGCCUGCCGAGGUCAAGGAACCGGUAACUCCAACAUAUGCGCCAGAACCUGAGGCCUCCCCGGCUCCAGAGCCCGAGGCUCCAAUCUCUGCAGCAGAUCCGGAGCCAGAGCCAGAGACAUACCAUGAAGCGGAGCCUGCACCGGAGCCACCAGUUGAGGAAGUGCCUCCUGUCGAGGAUGAAUGGGUAGUUGCGACCGAUCAACCUGUGUCAUGGGAGUCAGAAGAACCCAAGGCAGACAAGAAGAAGGCAAAGAAGAAAGGGAAGAAGGGCAAGAAGCAAGCAGAACUGGUCGAAGAAGAACUUCCCGCACCAGCUGAACCUGUCAGCCUUACGCCGCCGUCGACACCACCCCCAGAGGUUGCUGCUGAGCCUAUCCCAGAGCCAGAAGCCGAGCCCGUUGCAGAGGUGGCUCCAGCAGACCCUACCCCGGAGCCAGAACAAGAACCGACUGAGUCAUGGGAACAGCCAGCCGAAGAGCCUGCGCCUGCAGAAGAGCAACCUGCACCCGUGGAAGGAUCAAUGGAAGAUUCAUGGACUCAAGACAGAAGCGUGCAAACCCGUCAAAGACCAAUGUUGGACAUGUCAUUCGCCCAACACCAAACCUCCUCGCCCUGUGAGCCAGGCCUCAGCCUAUGGGAUGAGUUCACGUCCCUCAAGUACAAUGACGAGCCAGCAACCUCCAAGCCCAGCCCAGUCGAGACACCAAGUACCGACCUUCCCUACAUCACAUUCCAUGCGAAAGUCUACGUCUUCGCCACCCGGUACCUAAUCCCCGCUCUCGCCCAGCUUUGCCUCCGAAAGCUGCAUCGGGACCUUCUCAUCCUGUCAUCGGUAGAGGUUGAAACCGCCGAUCAAGAAGAAUCUCAAAUUCUAGACGGCUUGGCGGCAACUAAGGCCCGGAUGAUAUUGGAGCUGGUGCACUACGCCUACACCAAGACAGCCCGUCUGGAGCCGAUCUCUCCGACAUCUGCGACACAGCUUCGGGAGAAUGAGUUGCGCCGACUGGUGGUACACUAUGCUGCGUGCAACGUGAAGGAAUUGGCACGAUAUCAUUCGGCAGACGAUUCGGUUUCGGCAACACCGUCUUUGCGGCCGGUGGAUUCGAAGGUGGAGCGGGUUGAGACGUCCACUUCUCCUAAAAGUCUUCGUGCUUUGUUGGACUUGACGACAGAGCUGGCCUCUGAUCUUGUUUACCGCAUGAUGUGA